UAUGACGCAUGAGCGUUUCAUACCUGUGUUGGGAGAAAUAAUAUUAAAAAGAAUAAGAAGAAAACUAUGACCAAUGAAUCGGUGUCUGGUGAUGCAGCAGGAAAUAUCUUUUCAUUCAAAGAUGACUACUUGAAACUGAAAGCUGACCCAGUACAUUCCUACACAGAUCAUGAAAAUGACACUGUACCAAUUGUUAUUGACAAUGGAUCUUGCUUUAGUAGAGUUGGCUGGGCUUCGGAAGCUACCCCAAGACUUGCCUUCCGCAACAUCAUUGCCAGACAGAGAGGGAAGAAAGACUCCGAGGCCCAAAUCGGGAAUGACAUCACAAACGUUGAGACUGUACGAUGGCUGCUGAAGACUCAGUUCGAUCGAGACGUUGUGACGCAUUAUGAUGCCCAGGAGCAGAUUCUUGAUCAUGCAUUCCAUCGAUUAGGUGUUGACUCGGAAGGUGCUGUGAAACAACCUGUGGUCAUGACAGAAACACCUUGCAAUCCUAACUUGUGUAGACAGACCAUGUCUGAACUUCUUUUUGAGUGCUAUGGUAUACCCAGUCUUGCCUAUGGCAUCGACAGUCUCUUCAGUCUGUACUACAAUUGUCCUGAAUCUGUGAAUAGGUGUAGCUUAGUUUUAUCCUCGGGAUUUCAGUCAAGUUAUAUUCUACCAGUAAUCAAUGGUCAGCUAGACCCUGCCCACUGCCGUAGACUGAAUAUAGGUGGUACACACUUGACCGGUUACUUACUGAGAUUACUACAGCUCAAGUAUCCUGCUCAUCAGUCAAGCAUUAACCUUAGCAGAGCAGAGGAACUAUUGAUGGAUCAUGUAUAUGCUGCGGUGGAUUGUUGGUCUGAGUUUGAGGAUUGGUCUUGCCCACAAUACUUCCAAAAACAUGUUCACAAGAUUCAAUUGCCAUAUACUCCACUACCAGGAUGGUCUGUAGGUAACAAGCAAGAGAGAAGACAACAGUGUAUCAAACAGCUUCAGGAGCUAAAUCAAAAAUGGAAAGAGGAAAAGUUAUCAGCUGCGGAAGACAAGUUACGUACUCUCAUCUCGGUCCAAGAUACACAAGAAGAUAGUAAUGAAACGCAAAAGAAAUCGUUGAAAGCUCUUGGUUUGAACACGCUUGAAGACCUGUCAGGUUACAUUGGCAUGUUGAAUGCAUCCAUUCAAAGGUCAAAGGUCAGCCUAGGAGGUCGUGAUUGCUCCAUGGACCAGCCAAAGAUGGUCCAAGUCUGGCCCAAGCUGGACCUCCUAGGCACCAACCCUGAUGCUCUGGCUCCGGCGGAACAGAACCAGAGGCGGCGCCAGGAGCUGGUUGAGGAGUUCCAUCAGAACAGUUUGAGGGCUCGCUGGAUCCAGAGGGAGAUCGAUGGCCUCCUGCAGGAAACUGCCAGGAAACUGGAAGGUGGAGCCAAGGAUGAUGUCCUCAAGAAGUGCAUGGAGCAACUCAAAGAACAGAAAGAGGAACUGAAUGCAUGCCACACGCAAUGGCAGAAUAUCAAAGAGAAGCUACUCGUGUUGAAAGAUAUUAAAGACACAGACUCCAUGGAAACUGAUCAAGAAGGUGAUAGUGUAGAGCAAGCCAGCGAUGACCAAGGUUCAGAAUGGGCUUAUAUUCAAGCUAUGGAGGAUGAUGCGGAAGGUUUCAGUUUUCAGGCGGAGCAAGAGAUUCUCUCGGAAUUGGACAAAAUUAUCUCAGUUUUUGACCAAGAUAUGGAUAAAGAAAACAGAUCCCCUGUGACCCAGCGAAUGACCUUUGACCUCGCAGAGUACUACCAGUUGGUGCUUGGCGUGGAGAGGAUACGUGUCGCAGAGACUCUGUUUCAGCCGAGCAUCAUGGGACUAGACCAAGGCGGAUUAGCAGAGACAAUGGAGUAUGUGCUAAGGCAGUAUCAGCCUGAGAUGCAAGAUAAAAUUGUUCAGAAUGUCUAUUUGACUGGAGGUAACCUAAGCUAUCCUAACAUGGUAGAGAGGAUAGAGCAUGAGCUGAGAGCCAUGAGACCGUUCCAAUCUUUAUUCAAAGUCAAACGAGCAGGUAACCCCUCACUGGAUGCCUGGCGUGGAGCAGCCAAGUGGGCCUUGGAUACCACCAACCAAUCAGCAUUCAUCACUAGGGGCGAGUAUGAAGAGAAAGGAGGAGACUAUCUGAAAGAACAUCAUGCAUCCAACCGAUUCUUUGCCUUCCCGGCUGUAAGAAGAUGACAUGGUAUACACAUACAUAUACCUUGAGUCAUCCAAACUGAUAUGAUAGAGUAUGAGAGGGAAAUGACAUCGUAAUUCCAUAAGUUGUUUGCCAUCUCUUAAUUCUGCUAUAUUUUUACAUUCUAAUUUAUAAGAUGCAAGCGAAAAACACAUUUUCUUGAAGGAGACAAGAUUCCCCCCUCUCGAUAAUUCUCUACUAAUUCAAACUCAUUGUAGAGAGUAUAAGAGGGAUAUGAAUUAAUUGACAGAACAUCAUGCAUCAGAUAGAUUCUUUGCCAACCCCUUUCACGUAGUAUGCAGAUGACUCUGGGUGAUUUCAAGUACGGUGUUCGGUGUUGAGAGCGUGAAAAGGCUGCUGGACCGAGCUCCACACCGAGCUGAGUUCAGAGGAGCGAUGCCGAUCAUGUUAUCGAUGUCAUUCCUCUGCACUGCGCUGCUGAUCAUUUCAACUUUACGCAAGAAAUUCUCGACGACGAAAGUGAAAUCGGGAACUACUAUUGCAAAUUGUUAUUGUGACAUAUUAUACGAAACGGGCCCCAGAUCAAUUUGGGUGGGGGCAAAUUGCAUAUCAUUUAUUUUGAUUGAAAAUAAUCAAGUUACAAUCAACAUUUUUACAUUGUCACCAAUCAUAUAUCUUUUUAUGAAAGUCUGGGCUUAUGAAUAACUGGACGAUUAUUAAAAAUAUCAUUGUCAUAAUCUGUGAUUAAUCACAGAUCUCUCUGUUGACGUGGGGCCCCUUGUAUCACCUUGUAUAUUCAUGGUGAACCCAUGAUGCUGUGUUGUGAUAUACAUGUACAUAUAUGACAAAAGAAAAAACUUUUGUAAGAAAAUGAA